UGCUGAAAAUAUGGUGAAUGCUGUAAAAAUUCUUUUAGUAGAAUUAGGUGUGUCAUCAAAGGAGUUGAUUGAUGUUUUAUCACCAUUUUAUUCAGCAACAUUACUGCUUUCAUCAUCCAAUUAUUCUACAAUUGGAGAAUUUCAUUUUACACUGUGGACACUAGUGAAAAACCUACAUAAACAGAUAGAAGUUGGCAAUACACAAUAUAUAGUAGCAAACUCAAUUUUAUAUAAAUUAGAACAAUAUUUCAAAUUACCUGAUGAAGCAAAAAUGAUAGCAUCAUUAUUGGAUCCUUCUACCAAAUGCUCAACUUUUACAACUGAUGAAAUUACAAGAACAGUAACUGCAAUAAAAU